AUGGAGGCAGCUGUCCUGGUCUCCACCGUGCUGGGGCUCCUGCUAAUGCCCCUGUUGGCCGUGUUGCUGACGGUACUGUGUGCGCGUUGCCGUGAGAUGCCAGGUUCAUAUGACAGUGCUUCCUCAGAUGGUUUGUACCCAAGUAACAUACUGAUCAAGCGGCCUUACACGGUCGCUCACUGCCCACCUGCUACUUCCUACCCGCCUGUUGCUUGCCACCCACCCCUGAGCCAGCCGGACCUGCUCCCCAUCCCGAGAUCCCCACAGCCCCCUGGGAGCUCCCAUCGGAUCCCACCUUCUCAGCAGGACUCAGAUGGUGCCAACAGUGUAGCAAGCUAUGAGAAUCAGGAGCCAGCCUGUGAGGACACGGAUGGAGACGAGGAUGAGGAAGACUAUCACAAUGGCCGCUACCUGGUGGUGCUCCCCGACAGCUCCCCAGCCAGUAGCACUGCUGUCCCAUCAGCCCCUGCGCCCAGCAAAUCCGGCCUCCGAGAUAGUGCUUUCUCCAUGGAAUCAGGUGACGAAUAUGUGAACGUACCCGAGAGUGAGGAGAGCGCAGAGGCAUCUCUGGAUGGGAGCCGGGAGUAUGUGAAUGUGUCCCAGGAGCUGCAGCCCGUGGCCAGGACUGAGACUGCUACCCCGAGUUCCCAGGAAGUAGAGGACGAGGAAGAAGGAGCCCCAGACUAUGAGAAUCUACAGGAGCUGAACUGA